AUGAAAGGUGAUGUACAGGAACUUGAGAAGACUUUGUCGUCUCAUGUUAGUUCGUCUAACUUAUGCACUUCUGAUGAAAUAUUGCUUCAAACGUUACAAGUGAAACUGAAGACUAAAGGGAAAGAGCUACAAGUUCUGGAUCAGCAGAUCAUUUGUGGCAACAUUCCUCGUUUGAGAAGAGACCUUUAUAAGGAAAAGUUAAGAGAAAAUAAAAUUUGGCUCACCAGCUAUGGAGAAGGUUGUCCUGAUAUUGAUCUGUUAAUAGGUGCAGAUUAUUGUGGUAAUAUAUUUACAGGAAGAAUAUGUAUAUUGAAAUCCAAUUUGAUUGCAUGCGAAACUUAUUUAGGAUGGGUUAUCAUGGGAAACAUGUCCGAAGAAAGGUUUGACGAAACUUCAUCCCACUUAGUGACAUCUUUACUGAUUAAAAAUUCUUCUGUGGCUGAUUUGUGGAAAUUAGAUAUUAUAGGUCAUUUUCGAAAAACCGUUCAGAGAGAUGAAAAUGGCCGUUACAUCGUCAAACUUCCUUGGUUAGAAACGUACGAGACGUUAAGUGAAAACAAAGAUAUAGCUGAAAAAAGAUGCAUAACUACUACUCAGAAACGUCUUAAAGAAGGAAAAUACAAUGAUUAUGAAGCUGUAUUUAAGGAAUGGUUACAGGAAACUAUCAUCGAAGAAGUACCAGAUAGUGAAUUGGGAAAUCUUUGUCAUUAUUUGCCUCAUAGAGGUAUUUUUAAAGGAAAUUCUACUACGAAGGUACGCCCUGUAUUUGAUGCUUCGUGUAGAAGUAAGAACACACUUUCACUCAACGACUAUCUAGAAACAGGACCAAAUCUUAUCGAAAAAAUUCCUCCAUUACUCAUGAGAUUUCGUCAGAAAGAAAUUGGUGUAGUUUCGGAUAUAAAAAAGGCCUUCUUACAGAUAUCUGUGGCCAAAGAAGACCAAGAUUUUCUUAGAUUCAUAUGGUGGGAAGAUUAUAAGGAAAGAAAACAAAAAAUUUAUCGUCACCGACGAGUAGUGUUUGGACUUACGAGCAGCCCUUUCUUGCUAGCUGCCGUUCCAGAUUACCAUUUGGAGACAAAAUGA